UAUGUUCUGUAGACGUUCUCCAUAGUGAUGGCGAAAAUGCAGCUAGCUAUUUGGUCUUAAAGUGCCAUGCUUAAAACGUAAGGUUUGUGCAAAGCGACAAUAAAUACAAUGGCCGGUAUAAGGAGAGUUAACGGAAAAUGCUCGGGAAUUAACCCAGCUGUAAGUUGCAGUCGCCUUCGUCAUGUCCAGUCUCUGCUUUCUGAUGGUGGCGCUGCCUCACCCGACGGCAUACUGUGCUCUCUCGGUAUUGACAGUCGGUAUAAUGAAGGAUGCUCAGAGCUGGCAAAGUACCUGUUCUACGGACUAUAUGGAAGGAACCACUUGAAUCUGGAACAUGCUGAGGAAUUUCCAGAAGAAUUAUUGGAUGAUGUCAUUCUCCUGAUUAAGGCAGAAUGUGUUCAUCUGUAUUGUAACCCAAUGAACUACAGCUACCUGUUGCCCUAUGUGUCUCACUGGAGGAAUCUGCAUCUCUACUGCUUGACAAAAGCGGAGUAUGAAGAUGAGGAGGCAGCAGAGGAAUUCAAAAUCUCUAGUUUUGUCACAAUGGUGUGGGAUUGCUAUCAUAUCGGAAUACCUUACAGCUCACAGGGACACAUGCAGAAGUUUGACAUGUUUAUGGUGGAAAAAUGGCCCAUAAUUCAAGCAUUUGCCCUGGAAGGAAUCGGGGGUGGGAGCUUUUUCACCAUGAAAUACAAGCUCAAUGACAUGAGUGAGAAGCUGUGGCAGGUGUACAGCAGACUUGAUCCAGUGUCUCUAGAUAAUCUCCUCACAGAGGACUUGGUUAGUUUUGAGAAGCAGUGGAGCAGCUUUUUCUCCAGCAUGGAAUUAGAGAGCCCUUUGUCUAUCUUGGAGCUGUCUGAAGCACAGGCAGGAGAGGCAUUCCAUACUUAUUACUCCCAUGGGCUGAUCUCAAGCAACAUCACAGAUAAAAGUAAAGGUCGGCACCCCUUUGUGCUGUUUGGGCGGCAUUCCUCCUUAGAGGAUCUGGAGAGUUAUUCAUUCAGCUUUCCUUCUGAGAGUCAUCAGAUCCGUAACACAGGACCUCCUUGUUCUUCAGCCAGACACAUGAUUCUGCAGUGCGAAGCUCCCAAAAGUCGCCUAGCUUGUUCACGCACCUAUUUUUUUGGUACAACUCACACUGCGUACAUUGGUAAUCAAAGCUCAGUGGAAAACAAAACAGAAGUUUUACUUUUGUCACAGAUUUAUUCUGCUGCGGUACAAGCAGUCCUUUCAGGAAUCAAGUGCUACUCUUCUACCUCUAGUGCCACAAAGGCCAAGGAUGUAGCAGAACACACUUUUCUAGUGGCUUUGGAAUCAGUGAAUUUAAGUCAGUACCGCAGUACUCUCAGGUCCAAAUGUGAAUUCAGCAUUCAAGCAGUGAAUAAGGCGGGGCGGCACAUCCCUCUUACUGAUGAAGAAAAUCAUUACGUGGUGAAAACGGCUUCCAUAAUCGUCUAUGACAUCCCAGAUCUUCAGUGUGGUGGGGGGGACCUUGGCUCUGUCAUUUUCUCUGAAUCAUUCUUGGAAUCAAGCAUCAAUAUACAACAAAAAGAUGGCACUGUGUCCUCGGAUAGCUGCUACACCAUCCUGACUUCAAGUGUGCCUCGUUAUACCUGCUGGCUUAUGGAAUCUGAUGUGAAACAGUCAGAACAAGCACAACAGCUUACUAAGAAGGAAGGCACCACUUUUUUGGGAACUGCUCUGACUGCAGCAGAUGCUGCAUAUAUGUUUUCCAGCAGCCUGCUGUCCACACCCGAAGAAGGGAAGAUCAUUUUCUUCUCUGAGGGACUUCUCUUUGUUCAUUCUCUAUAUGGAAGCAUUACACUGUCCAAGGAUCACAUCAGCACAAUCAUGUUUUAUGAUCAGGAGUAUGGUGCUGUGGCAUCUCUUUUUCUGGAGUAUGAGACCAGCCUGCUCCCCCACCUCCCCUUUUCUCUCCACAGCUCAGACCGGUGCUUGGUCUUUGCCUUUCAGCCCAAAUCCAAAAGCCUCCGGGCCUUCUAUGCUAAAGUUUUGUCAGUGUGGCAAAACUGUGACUCCAAUCUCACUCUGCAUUUGGUGGACCAGGAGCACCUGACUUGGAAUCAAAGAAACAUGCACACCAGACUGCAGAAGCUGCAUGACAGCCAGGAACCUCCACUGGCCAAACGCAGAGGCAACUUAAAGACUUCAUAUUCUCAACUGCCAGAGCAGGAAAUGUUUCUUCAGCACUUUGCUCUAAGUGCCCUUGGUCGGGAACCCAUUCUGUAUGAUCACUUGGGGGUGCUCUUUCCCUCUGCAGAGCUGAGUAGCCCAGUCAGUAAUCUUGAAGAUAAGGUUGUAAUUACCAUCAUCACUGGACUGCCAGGGAGCCAUAAGAAGAGACUGUGCAACUUUUUGGUUAAGCUGAACAAGGAAUAUGGGCGGUGGGUGGUCUAUGACCCUGAUAUUGACAACUGUAACCAUUUCUCAGCCGCCCAUCUCCAACAGUAUUUGUCCAGCUUUCUGGAGAGCCAGAGAGGUCUAGGAGGCAAACCCCAUCUCCUGGUGCUGUCACCUGGAUACACAGAUGUUUUGGAUGUGGUGCAGGCAAUACUCUUUCAUCCUGACCCGGUUGUACAGGCCUGUUUUACAGUUGGAGCUGUCACUGCCUGUGUGAACCCUCUUGCCUCCUGCAUGGAACACAGGUUUGCUUUUCCCAAGCUGAUAGAGCAGUGUAGCCAAGGUGUUGUGAGUACAGUGGUCUUCACCGGGCUGACAGCAGAGCAGAAGCACCCUCUCAUGCAGCAUGUUCAGCAGCUGGUACGCUCUGCCAACCCCACUGCAGCCUUCAUAGUCGCAGAGAGAGCAGCUGUCACCAGGAAUGAAGAUGUGACUCUGAUUUUGUCUGAUACCAGCUUCAAUGAGCCGCAGAUGCUGAGAGCACGCUAUGUUCUCUACCCUGGCUGGUGCAAGGGCCGUUUCUUCACUGGUUCGGGGUCUUUCAACAUCACUCGGCAGCGUGUGGUGUUCAGCCGUCCCCUUGAAAGGGCUCUGUUUGUCACCCACUGUAAAGCAUUCAAGUCAUCACUAAGACCAAGUCCCUUCCAAGGAAAUGUGUACAAUAUUUGGGGAAAAGUCAGAUUUUCUGACUCAGACCAAACGAUGGAGGUGAGCUACAACACACUCAGUGGGAACCUGAGCAUUAUCCCAGUUCAGGGCAUUGACCAUGGGACCCGGGACCACCAAGAAACCAACAUGUCCUGCUUCUUGGUCUUCGAUGGUGUUGGCAUCACUGAGGAUGGACUGAAGGACUGGCUCAGACUGUGUGCCAAGCAGAGGCCGACCAAAAAGGCUAAGAAGACUAAAAAUACCCUGUCACCACAAGAAAUCAAGAGCAUACAUAUGACAAGGCACUUGGAUCCGCUUCCACCAGGCUACUUCUACAAUGGUCAUCUGUAUGUUGACAUAUUUGGAGAAAAAAGCGCUUUCCACCCCAACAUGGAAGAGUUUAUCAAACAGUACAUUGCUGAGGCCAACAAAGAGAUUGAGCUGUUCAACCAUCAGCUGGAGCUGCGCACGCAGCCUGACCUGUUUGAUCCGUAAUGUAAUCUGUGUCUGUUUGUCCGCCGCAUCCAUCUGUCUUUACAAAGUCUAACGAAGCCACGGGGUGGGGGGCGGUCAUUUGGGUUUAUUUGUUGUCCACUCGAGUAGAGUGGAUGAUGUGCGUUCACACCACAUGAAGCUACAGAAACAGCUGCUGCUAGAAGUCCAUUCAUCGUCUCUGGGCUAUGUCACUGUUUUCUCAUUGGUUGUCAUUUAAUACUUAAGUGCAGGUUAACUUUGAACAAUCACGUCACCUUUCAAAAGCCAAGUACAUGAUGCUUGGACAUAUGCCUUUCAACUGCACUGCUGCUGUAGACUUUAGUUUCCAUCAACUGGAAAUCGGCAAACUGCAAUUUCUAAUCAGGUCGAAGCAGAUUAACAUUGCUGACAGAAUUUUUAAAUCUUCCUCACAACCGCACACAAAUUUGAAACUAGAUGUGAAAGCUACAACACUAGCACGACAGAAGGGAACUUCCAGCGGCACAGUUCAACAGCUUGUGCUUUUCUGUUUAUUAUAGUUGGCAAAUUAAUGCCUCUAUUUCUGGACAGGCAUGGAUAGCCAUGUGAUUCUAGUGGUCUCCCUGGUGGGGUUUCUCAAGAAUCGCUCCUCCUCUGUUGUCACCCAAUCCACGGUCCACCUGUUAGCUUGUCUGCAUGCCAUGUUGCAACAUAGUGAGCACUCAACCAUAGAGCUGUAAACAUUGGGCGGCC